AUGAUUUUGGAGAUCAUUGCUAUUAUAAUUAUCGUCUUAUACUUGCUGAAACUAAUCUUCUGGAUUUUCAAAACGUUUUUCACAACUCCGAGUGUCCCUUCUACUCCAAAGAUCCACAAACCAGAUUUCCAAAAAGAUGUUGCCUACCUUUACCAAUUUCCUCGCACAAAUACCGUUCCGAAUCUUUCAUCUUACUGUUUGAAAAUUGAAACUUUUCUGAGAGCCUUCAAGAUUCCUCAUGAAAUUAUUGAGACUCCAUCAUUGCGGUCUAGAAAUGGAACACUCCCUUUCGUUGAGCUAAACGGGGAGCACAUUCCAGAUUCGGAUCUCAUUGAGACGAAACUCAGAGAGCAUUUCCAUGUUCCGAAUCUUGCACCAGAAUUGGAGGCUCAGGCAACAGCGAUCUCCAGACUUGUAGACAAUCAUUUAUUGGGUCUCAUUGUGAAGUACAAGGCUUCGGAAGAAGGAUGGUACGAUGCCCUGUUAAGAGGGGUUCCAGGACCAAACUUUUUGAAAACAAUUCUUCGUCCAAUAAUCAAAAAAUUAUUCAUGAGCAAGGUCCAUGCAAGAGUUGGACUCUCAAUUGGAAGUUUCACAGAAGAAGAGACAGAGUUGCUGUGUCACAAAGAUCUUGUAGCUGUGCAAAACUCUAUUCGGGGAAAGUUCUUGUUUGGUGACAAGAUCACAUCGGCUGACUGCGCAGUUUUCGGAGAAGUUGCAUCUGCAUACUACCCAUUCCCUAACAAGUUCCAAAGAAUUAUCGAUAGUCAUUACCCAAAGAUCCGAGAGUAUUGUGAUAGAAUUAUUGCGGAACUCUGGGCUGAAGAUUUUACUAAAUGA